GGAUAGGGAAAUCGAUAUGAAUGAAUAAUAAACUAAAUAAAAUGGUUUAGUCCUUCUGGAACAUCUUUAUAAAGGGGAGUCCUGAAGGCAGGCGGUGACUCUUUGAAGUGACUUCCAAAGGACCGAACAAAACUCCAGACGAAUGCUUCAAAUGUCUCAUCAGGCCAAACUUCGGAUCAUUCUUCAGGACCAUGACAUUCGCAAACUGGACUUACCUCAUGGAAUCCCUGGGACUGUGGGUGAACUUCAGUCUAUUGUGAGAGAGACAUUUGGGCUUGAUGGAAGCUUUACUUUGCAUUAUAAAGAUGCUGAUUUUGGAGAGGAAUAUUUUUCUCUUACCUCAACAAGUGACAUCAAGGACAAGGACACAAUUAAGGUGAUUCACAUUGUUGAACCUCCCUCAAUUACUCUGAACUUAACUGAUCUGGAUAGUUCCAAUGAAAGUACAUCAGAGACCUCCAUCCAUAGCUCAUCAGCCUUGGCCCAUACUUCAGUGACCUCCAUCCAUCCUUCCAUCAGCAGUUGUUCCUCUGGAUCACAGGACACACUGAUUCUUUCGUCACCCGAACAUGUUACCCAGCGUUCACAGUGUUGGCCUACUGAAUUUCCAGUACCUCGCUUUGCUUAUGACACAGAGCUUGUGCUUGCCUCAGGAGAUGAAGAUUUCAAGAAGGAUGGAAUUCAACUCAACUUUACCACAAUCCUUCCUGACAUCCUUGAGAAACUGGCUGAAAGCAUCCUUCAAUACGUUGCCUACCCAACUGGUGCAGAGUUGUCCGAUGUUGCUAAGGCACUGAUUCAGAAGCAUCCUUGCCUUAAAGAACCUGGAUCAUAUAAUGGAUGCUGUGGAUGGCAACAAAGACUAAAAUAUAAAAUGGGGAACUAUAGAUCUAAAUUGAGAGGGCUUGGAUGCCCUGAGCUUGAUGUGAACUCUCUCAAAAAGAAUCAAGCACAUGAGAAAGCGCCGGCAAAGAAUAUUAAAAAGCCAAGAAAGGCAGAAGUGAACUCUUUACCCCCUCACCCACAAGGAAUAACAGAAGGAACAUUGGAACAAGAAAGAGUGGAGCUCCUUAAUGAAGUUAAGAAGAGGAACAACUGUCAGAUUAUCAAUGAUAAAAUGGCAAAGACAUUCUCCCUUCGCGGAAAGGAAGUUGUCAGUCAAGCAUCACCAGUCAGUGACCUAAAAGACAGAUGGCAUGCUCUUUUUAAUGCAGCUCAGCAAGUUGAAGAUCCCAGAGAUUUCUUUGACAAAGAGCUACAACAAGAUCUUUCUGAAAAACAGUCUGCAGAACCAGAUGUAGAAGAGGAGACAGACACUUCAGAAGAUGUUCCUGCACCAUAUGACAUUUCAGUGCAGUCCAUUGGGACUGAUUUUGCUAGACUUGGGUGGAAAUGCCGAGAGAACACAUCAACAUUUGAGCUGAGGUGCACCAGCAGCACAUCUUCAAGCAUCCAGACCCUUUCACAGAAUUACGCUGAAGUGUUGGGCCUGUGCCCAGGCACCGAGUACACUUUUACACUGGUUGCAGUUUCAGAAAAUGGAAUCCAGAGUUCAAGAGCCGAAGUAUCUGCAUACACAAUUCCAAACCCACCUGAAAGCAUCGAGGUUAAGAAUAUUGGUAGCACAUCAGUUACUCUAACCUGGCAGCCACCUGCUUCCUUAGAGAAGAAGUACCAUGUGGUGUGUUCCCACAAUGGUAUAACUGUUCAUGAAGAAGAAACAGAAAUUAACACAAUUGUUUUCAGUAAUCUGACUCCAGGAAAAAAUUAUUCCUUCCACAUUGCAACAGUACUUAAAAAUGGCAGCACAAGCAAGACGGCCGAGUUAUUUGCCAGCACUAAAACCAAUCUCAAGAGCUUUCUUCAGGAUGUGGGGCUGAAUCAACACCUCACUAAACUCUCACUGAGUGCUGUACUACAGAUUGAUAAGAGCACAGUGACAGAUGAUCCAGCAUGUUCUCAAUCAGAUUUACCAUGGCUUUUCCUCAAGAAAAUUAUGAUGGUGAAUGUGACUGCAAGAAGUGUCAAAUGUGCUCCAUCAGCUGAUGAGGAUGAAGAUAUGAGUUUAGAUCUGUGUAGUGAUCUGGAACGUCUUGUCCUCAACGAAGACUCUGAUGUGAAAGUAAAUCCUUUAGACAUCAUAACUGCACUCUUCCUUUGCUCAGACAGUUUUCUUCAACAAGAGAUUGCUUUGAAAAUGUCUAUGUGCCAGUUCUCUGUGCCUUUACUGCUUCCUAAUUGUGACACACAGCAGAGCACGCUCAUGCUUUGGGCCUUAAGAGAUAUUGUGAAGAAGUUUAGACCACACUCCUUGUCUGAUCCAAGAGGGUUUGUGGAAGAAAGGAUUGUUCUAGCAGACUUACCCUUAGUGUCCUUUGUAAGACUUGGAGACUGCAGCAUUUCUAAAUCUCAAAUCUUGAACAAGCUGCUCAGUAAUCCACAGCAAUAUCAUGAUACAUUUGUGCACCGUGACAUGGACUGUGGAGACAUCCCAAGAAAAAUAUCAAAUGGUUUGGUGGAGAUCAGCUGGUACCUACCUUGUGGAAGUAAAAACAUAGACAUCUUCCCCGAACCUGUGGCUAUUGCAAACUUGAGAGGGGACAUAAGUACAUUUGUUACUCAGUACUCAUUCCUUUGUCAGAUUUCUACAGCAGUUUUUGUAUUCUUUGACAAUUUUGAAUCAAACUAUCAACUACUCACCAAUACACAUGUAAAAGCACAAUUGUUUUUGGUGGGUAAUGCAGACACCAAAGCCUACAAAUUGGAUUUGCUGAAAAGAACAGCUGCUGCACUGAAAUUGAACAAAAGAAGGAUCAUUCUGAAGACCAAACAAAAUGAUGCAGAUUUUGUCAAAAAUCUGUGUUCUGCAGUGAGAGAUGUUGUGAAAAACAGGCCUAUGACUGUACAACUUGAGAAGAUGACCACAGUUGCACAUGAAUUUGGAAUUUGGAUUGAUGAAGACUGUAAGGAGUGCCAAAAUGCAAAAGAAAAUGCAGAGGCAAUCACGAGUAAAAUACAGGACACACUAAAGUUUAAGAAAGAACAGCUCCCUUUGCAGGGUGAGAUCUGGAAGAAAUUAGGCAAAUUAGAGAAAGAGGAGUGUAGGCUUCGUAAAGCUGGGGACAAGAACAUUGAGAUGUAUAAAAGUGAACUGAAACAACAGAAGAUGGAACUCAGGAAGCAGCAAAGGAGCUAUGAAAUGUCAGAAGCCAUGACAUGCUUCAUAACUGCACUGUCAAGUUCACCUCUUGAGAGAUCGUACUUCCUGAAAUGGAUGCGAAUGAAUCUGGACAACCUUUCCCGCAAAAAACUAACAUGUCUUAGAGAAUUGUACAAGGAGAAAUGUCAAGAAUCAUCUGAGAAGAAGGAGGAGAUUGCAUUACUUGACAGACAGAUCUCAAACAGUGCUUUGGGAACUGAACACUUUCUGAGGGAAAUGGGUCAGCUGUAUGAAGCUGCUGUCAUCCUUCCAGAAAAUAUACAAGCAAGACAACAAAUGCUACACUUACCCAGUCUGUGUGCGAGGCUCCUUUUAGAUGGAUUUCCUCUUGAACUUGUUGAUGGAGAUGCUUCAAAUAUACCUUUAAGAUGGAUUAGUGAUGUACUGACAGAGCUGAAUAAUUUAGCGCAACCCAAGAAUAAGAUCAUGGUAGUCACAGUAUUAGGAGUCCAGAGCACAGGAAAGUCUACCCUCCUAAACACCAUGUUUGGGGUUCAGUUUGCAGUCAGCAGUGGAAGAUGCACACGAGGAGCUUUCAUGUUGCUGAUCAAAAUCACAGAUAGCUUCAGAGAAAUACUUAACUGUGAUCAUUUAGUGAUCAUUGACACCGAGGGACUGAAGUCGCCUGAACUGGCACAGCUCGAUGACAGCUAUGAACAUGACAAUGAACUGGCCACACUUGUUGUUGGACUGAGUGACAUUACCAUCAUCAACAUAGCCAUGGAGAACUCCACAGAAAUGAAGGACAUUCUGCAGAUUGUGGUGCAUGCAUUCCUCAGGAUGAAGGAAGUGGGCAAAAAACCCAUGUGUGCAUUCGUGCAUCAGAAUGUAGCUGACGUCUCAGCACAUGACAAAAACAUGAGAGACCGGAAGCUUCUUUUAAAGCAGCUGAAUGAGAUGACUGAAGCAGCAGCCAAGAUGGAAAAUAAGGAAGACUACAAGAAGUUUACUGAUGUAAUGGAGUAUGAUCCAGAGACAGGUAACUGGUAUAUACCUGGGCUGUGGCACGGUAACCCACCAAUGGCACCAGUGAAUGCUGGCUACUCCGAGGCUGUCUAUGACUUCAAAAAGAACAUGAUGGACAUUCUUGUAAAAAAGAAGAUAUCUACCAACAACAUUACAGAAUUUCUGGAGUGGACAAAAAGCUUAUGGAAUGCAGUAAAAUAUGAAAAUUUCAUAUUCAGCUUUAGGAACAGCUUGGUCGCUAAUGCAUACAUGAAGCUUUGUGCUGAAUUCCAUAAAUGGGAAUGGUCUUUCAAAAAGCACAUGUACAAGUGGUUAAUGUCUGCUGAAACCAGAGUGUCCAAUUUUGAGAUGAUGAAAUCAAAAUCUGACAAAACAAACCUGCAAGAUUUCCUGAGGACCCUGAAACAUGAGGCCUCCUCAGAGCUUGAUAACUGGGAAAAGACUCUUUUGGAAAACAUCAUCAAAUACUUUGAACAAACAGAGGGUCAUGUCUAUCUCGUAGAAAGGUACAAAGAAGACUUUGUAAACAGUGCAAAAUCUCUCAGGAAGGAAACAGAAAACUCAGUGAUGAGUAACCUAGAGGCAGUUAUUGAGAUUAGGGCAGGAAAGAAUAAUUUGGACCACAUCAAGAAAACAAAUACUGACAAAAUGGAAAAGAAAGUGUUAAACCUUCUGGAGGAGCUCCGGAAAAACAGAAGUUUAGAGGGCAUGUCUGAAGAGGAGCUUGACAACCAUUUUGAACACAUGUGGAAGGAAACACUUGAAGAGUUGUCAUUUAAAGGCUUGCAGAAGCAAACAAUAUCUGACAGUGUUUUUCGACAAUUACGAGAAAACAUGAGACAAAAGGGAAGUUCAGUCUCUAAAGAGCUGAGUAAUGUGAAUCUGCAUGAAUAUGGCAACGACAAAUUCAUUGUUCAUUCUGAGAGUUUUCUAAAAAAACUUUUUUUCAUGGACAAUUCUAACAAUCUUCAAAAGUUGGCAGACAGUGUCAUUGAUGCAUGUAAGCAGUCAGUUAGUGACAAAAAAGAGAAAAAAUCAGAUUAUCAUGACACUUACAUUCAGGAGAUCCUACACAGAAUUGAUGAUAACUUGACUUUGGGCAAGGAAUUGAAAUUUUCUGACAAAUUUGAACUUUCUCUUAAGCUACACAUUUGUGCUAUUUCUGCAAGAGAAUUUCAGGCCAUGCAUGACUGUUUUAUUGCAGAGAACGACCCACGCCGAUGCCUUGAGCAAUUCAAAGAGAAAUACCGAGCUGAUUUUAAAGAUCUGUUCAGUAAUCGUGAUCAGUGCCAGAGGAAGGCUGAAGAAUUCACAAAACUCUGCCUGAGUCCUGCAGUUGAGACGUUCAUCUGUAACUCACUGGGACCAGACAUUAUUGACACAAUGCUGCAAGGGGAAAAUGCAUUUCAGUUCAGCACACGUGCCUUUUUCCAGUACACACUUUUAGGACAACUUCUGACCGAGAGUGAUUUUCAGAAGUAUUUGGACUACAUACGUUCAUAUGAACGCUUUGUUAAAGACUGGAUAUUAAAACAAAUUACAGACAGAUUUUCCAGAGGAAACAAACUUUUUAAGCUGGAAGAGCAGCAUCUCAAAGGAGCUAUUAUGGAGAUAAAAGAAGCCAUCAAAAAAGCACAACACAAGACAGAUAAAAAUAAACGCAUAAAGAUAUUCGUUCAGAACAUUUGCAGAGAGCUUGGAAAAAAGCUUGUCAUUUCAAACGAUGCCUUGGAAGCAGUUAUGGCUUUGAGCAAUGCCAAACAGGAGCAAUUUGCCCACUGGCUCAUGCAGUCUGUGGAGGAAAUGGAAGCAUUGCUGAAGACUAAGUUGCAGAACAAAAAUAUUCAGAGCAAACUGAGAACACUCAAAAUCAAACCACAGGAUGAGCUGUUCAAGCGUGUGUUUGGCUGUGGAAAACUGUGUCCAUUCUGCAAAGCACCAUGUGAGGCAGGAGGAGAGGCUCAUACACACCACUCUGCUUCUGUACACAGACCUCAAGGACUUGGUCAAUACAGAUAUGAGCAAUCAGAGACAUUAGUCACUAACAUUUGUUCUACUGAUGUGAACAGUGAUACAAGUUUCAGAUGCCUAGAGACCAAACAUGAAUGGCAUCCUUAUAAGAAAUACAGGGAGAUCUUUCCGGACUGGCACAUCCCUGCAGACCCCAGCAUAGAGGCCUCAGACUACUGGAAAUAUGUGAUGGCAAAGUUUAAUAAUCAGUUUGCAGAAGCGUACAAUGCCAAGCCUGCAGCUAUUCCCCUAGUGUGGAAAAAAAUCACAAAGCAACAAGCAGAAAAUAGUUUGAAGGAGUGUUUUAGUAUCAAGUAAACGCUUGUGAAAAAUAAUCAGGAUCAGAGAGUUUAAAGAACACUGAUUUUAGGCUUAAUGCUAAAAUGCUAUCAGCUCCUUUCAUCUGAUACUAUCAUUUAAUCCCACAAGGACACCUGGGGUCAACUUAAACACACUUUUUUUUGUUUUUGUUUUUUUUUUUUAACACAAAUUAUUCUGGUCAUUUCUAGUGCCUUUAGUUUUCUAUUUAAAAAUUCCACACAGCAGAGAGAAUAUGAUGCAUUUUAAUCACAGUGAAACAUACAGGUUAUAAUGUCUUUGAUUCAUAAACAUGGCUAAUUAUUGAUUGCUAUUAUUUCCUAUCAGUUGUUGUUCUUUCUGAGGUUGUUGUUUUUGCUUUCUUUUUAUUUCAUAUCAGUUGUUCUUUCUUUCUUACUGGGUGUGUAUCUAGAUUACUUAGCUGGUUUCUCACAUGCUGAUUAUGCUUUAAAGAACAGAUUGGCAGUAGUACAGGGCUAUUCGCAAUGCCAUUUAAACCAACACAACAUUUAUCUACAUCUGGAAAACUCACACUGUACUUCAUUAUAUUUCACUGAUUUAUCCAGGAUUUUAAUUGUUUAUCUAACUCUUUGUAACAUGAUUGUCUCAGUAAUAUUUUCUGAUAUAUAAAAUGAUUAGAUAAGUAUUACAUUUAAAUCACAGCUUGUUCUUCGAACAGUGACUGUAAAGAGAUGGCACUUUUGCUUUGUAAUGAAAAUCAAAUAACG